AUGUAUUACAGUAUAGAGUAAUGCAGUCAUCAUAUGAUUAGAAAUUAAAACAAACAAUAAAUACGACAAUAAUUGAUAACAAAUCAAACAUUUUAUCACAAAUUGAUUGCUAUUUAGUCCAAUGUCUUUAAAUUUAAUUAGUGAACUCUUUGGUCACAACGAGAGAGUUUGGUGCGUACGGUGGCACCCGAGUGGACACAUACUGGCCUCAUGUGGCGCCGAUAAGACCAUCAGACUGUGGGCUAAGGAAGGAAACAAUUGGAGAUUAAAGUCUAUUUUAAGUGAUGGUCAUCAGCGGACCAUCCGAUCGAUUGCUUGGUCGCCAACCGGCAAAUUUCUGGCGUCGGCAUCGUUUGACGCGAGCACUUGUGUUUGGUUUCAAAAGGAUGGAAAUGAUUGGGAGUGUGUGACUAGUCUUGAGGGACAUGAAAACGAAGUGAAAAGUGUUUGUUGGUCGCCAUCCGAGAAAUAUUUGGCUACUUGUAGUCGGGAUAAGACUGUCUGGAUUUGGGAGUCUAUGGAUUCCGACGAUUUUGAAUGCGCUUCUGUUCUCACAGAUCACACACAAGAUGUCAAACGUGUUCUCUGGCAUCCCAUUCAUGACAUACUCGCCUCUUGCGGUUACGACAAUACCGUUAGACUUUACAGAGACGAUGGCGAUGACUGGAUCUGUUGUGCCACACUUUCUGCACACGAGUCGACCGUUUGGGGUAUUUGUUUUGAUGCUAGCGGUGAACGACUCGCCUCAUGUAGUAGUGAUAAAACUAUUAGAAUAUGGAAACAGUUUAAUGAUAUCACAAACUGGAAGUGUAUAACCACUUUAUCGGGAUUUCAUAAUCGAUCCGUGUAUGACAUAUCUUGGUCUCACUUAUCGGACUAUAUUGUGACCGUCGGCGGCGAUGACACGAUAUUUAUAUUUAAAGAAGACGACAACAAUGUUUGCCGUGAAGUUAGUGACAAAACAUUUCAAGAGUUUUCAAUGAUUCUUAAGCAGGAAAGAGCUCAUCAAUUGGACAUCAAUAGUGUCGACUGGAAUCCCAAAGUUGACGACAUUUUUGCCACUUGUGGUGAUGACUGUUGUAUUAAGAUUUGGUGUUUCAAAGACCAUCAGUCAUAACAAUUGUUAAAUA